GAGUCACGACCCCUUCGGCCUUAAAGCAGAGGAAAUCAGGGAGGGGUAACUCUUUUUCAUUCUCUCUCUCUCUCUCGCUCGCUCCGCGUCUGCCACCAGGAGCUCCUCCUCCAUCGCCGCCGUCCGACGAGGUCGCAGUGCUUCUCUUUCCUCGGUGUAAGGGAACUGUGAGAUCCGAUGGCUAUGAUUGAUGAACCACUCUAUCCAAUUGCAAUACUGAUAGAUGAGCUGAAAAAUGAAGACAUUCAGCUGCGACUAAAUUCUAUUCGCAGGCUUUCUACAAUUGCACGGGCACUUGGUGAAGAAAGGACCAGAAAAGAACUAAUCCCUUUUCUUAGUGAAAACAAUGAUGAUGAUGAUGAGGUACUCCUCGCAAUGGCUGAAGAGUUGGGUGUAUUUAUUCCAUAUGUUGGAGGGGUGGAAUAUGCACAUGUUCUACUUCCACCUUUGGAAACAUUGUGCACUGUGGAGGAAACUUGUGUUAGAGACAAGGCUGUCGAAUCACUGUGCCGAAUUGGAGCACAGAUGAAGGAAAAUGAUUUAGUAGACUCGUUUGUUCCUUUGGUAAAGAGGCUAGCAGCAGGCGAGUGGUUUACAGCUCGAGUUUCCUCUUGUGGUCUGUUUCAUAUUGCCUAUGCAAGCGCACCAGAUCACUUAAAGGCAGAAUUAAGGUCCAUCUAUGGCCAGUUGUGCCAGGACGACAUGCCUAUGGUGAGAAGAGCUGCUGCAACAAACCUAGGAAAAUUUGCAGCUACAGUUGAAUCGAACCAUCUGAAGAUUGAAAUCAUGUCAAUAUUUGAGGAUCUAACACAAGAUGAUCAAGAUUCUGUGCGCUUGCUGGCUGUUGAGGGCUGUGCCGCACUUGGGAAGUUGUUGGAACCCCAGGACUGUGUAGCUCAUAUCCUUCCGGUCAUUGUUAAUUUUUCACAGGAUAAGUCCUGGCGUGUCCGCUAUAUGGUUGCAAAUCAGUUGUAUGAGCUUUGUGAAGCUGUUGGCCCAGAACCUACCAGGGCGGAUUUGGUGCCAGCAUAUGUUAGGCUUCUUCGUGAUAAUGAGGCUGAAGUACGCAUAGCAGCUGCAGGGAAGGUGACAAAGUUCUGCCGGAUCUUGAGCCCUCAACUUGCAAUCCAGCAUAUCCUUCCUUGUGUAAAGGAAUUGUCAUCAGAUUCUUCACAGCAUGUUCGUUCAGCUUUGGCUUCGGUAAUCAUGGGUAUGGCACCAGUACUGGGAAAGGAUGCUACUAUUGAACAACUUCUUCCAAUCUUUCUUUCUCUGCUGAAGGAUGAAUUUCCUGAUGUCCGACUCAAUAUAAUUAGCAAGCUUGAUCAAGUUAAUCAGGUUAUUGGAAUUGAUCUCUUGUCCCAAUCACUACUGCCAGCCAUUGUGGAGCUUGCAGAGGAUAGACACUGGCGGGUUCGGCUAGCCAUAAUUGAGUACAUUCCUUUGUUGGCAAGCCAAUUAGGUGUUGGAUUUUUUGAUGAUAAACUUGGUGCUCUAUGCAUGCAGUGGUUGGAAGAUAAGGUUUUCUCAAUUAGAGAUGCAGCUGCUAAUAACUUGAAGCGUCUUGCAGAAGAAUUUGGCCCAGAAUGGGCUAUGCAGCACAUAAUUCCACAGGUGCUUGACAAAAUCAAUAAUCCACAUUACUUGUACCGUAUGACGAUCCUGCAUGCAGUUUCUCUACUAGCCCCUGUCAUGGGUGCUGAUAUUACAUGCCAAAAGCUGUUGCCUGUGGUGAUUGCUUCCUCAAAGGACAGGGUACCCAACAUCAAAUUCAAUGUGGCAAAGGUUCUACAGUCGCUCGUACCCACUCUUGGCCAAUCAGUGGUGGAAGGCACGAUUCGUCCUUGUCUUGUUGAGCUCAGCGAGGAUCCAGAUGUGGAUGUCAGGUACUUUGCCAGCCAAGCACUACAAGCAUGCGACCAAGUCAUGAUGCCAAGCUAGGAUGGUGUUCUAGUGGUUUGAUCUCUACCAUUUGGUUCUUCUAAUUUCCAUUUUUCAUCCAAGACAUGCUCUGUGCCUUCCUGCUGAAUCUGUCUGGGAUCUUUAAUUCAGUGAUGAAAGAACACUAGCUUUUGUAUGUUAAUUUGUUAGAAAUGAAGAUGUUCUAGGUUGGCAAAAGUUUCUUUUUGAUUUUUAAAUUUGAAUUAUUGUGAUUUUACUAGGUUUUUGGGUUUUAGCUGAAGUACAACAAAAUUAUCAUGAGUGCUGGUAAAGUUUUAAAUUUUAGAUGGAUCCCUGCUUAGGAUGGGACUUUGCACUGU